AGCUAGGGAAGAACCAGGCCGGGUGGGGCUCUUUGUCCACCACAGACCCUGAAGUUCCCCACAGUAGCUGCCAGAGUGCUGGGCUUGUCUUCCCUGGAAUCCAUGCUGGGACCAAGAAGACUCCUUGUCCAGUGCCUGUCCCUGCCUGCCUGGGCAGUACUGAUCUCUAGGUCUUCUGCCUCCUACUCUGUGGCCUGCCUGAUCACAGCUGUGGUGGGUUCUAAUGGUUCCUCUGUACCAUGAUGGCCCCACCCUACACAAGAGGAUCCUGUACGCCUCUCUGACUAAGGCAGGUCCUCUCUGAGCUCAGGAGGCCCAGGGAUCAAGAGAAGAAAGAGCCGAGGCAGUUUUUUCAGGACCAUACAUUCGGGCUGUAUCCAGUGGGCACUGCCAGCCCUCACUUGCCAACCUGCCCUUUCACUUCCCUCCCAGCUUGUGUCUGCUACCCAAGGACCACCCCACCCUGAAUUUCGGAGACCUCAAGAAGAUGGCUGCUGGUGUGAUACGGUCUGUCUGUGACUUCCGGUUGCCCCUGCCAUCACACCAGUCCUUCCUGCCCACAGACCUAGAGGCUCCAGAAACUUCCGAAGAGGAAGAAGAGGAGGAGGAAGAGGAAGAGGGAGACCAGGGGCUGCAAGAUGAGAGGCCACAGGGCUGCAGCCCAGAUUCCCAGAGCUCAGGAGUGGCUCCUCAGAGUCCCAGCAGCCCGGAGACCCCAAUGCAGCUGCUGCGCUUCUCAGAGCUCAUCAGCGGCGACAUCCAGCGGUACUUUGGACGCAAGGAAACAGGGCAAGACCCAGAUGCCCAAGACAUCUAUUCUGACAGCCAACUAGCCAGCUGCUCUGCCCGGGAUCUAUACUAUGCUGAUCUGGUAUGUUUGGCCCAGAAUGGGCCCCCAGAGGAAGAGGAGGCUGCUGAGCUCUGUGUGAAUUUGCCUGGGGGAUCUGAGGGUCAGAUGUACAGGCUGGGCCACAGAGGAGACAGGGUGCCACCACUGGGUCCCCUGGCUGAGCUCUUUGAUUACGGGCUUCGGCAGUUCUCCAGGCCCAGAGUGUCAGCUUGUCAAAGACUGAGGCUAGAGAGGAAGUAUAGCCACAUUACCCCCAUGACCCAAAGGAAAUUGCCUCCAUCCUUCUGGAAGGAGCCUGUGCCCAACCCACUAGGCCUACUGCAUCCAGGUACACCAGAUUUUAGUGAUCUGCUGGCCAGUUGGUCUGCCGAGGGUGGCUCCGAACUGCAGAGUGGAGGCACUCAGGCCCUGGAGGAGACACAGAUGACUGAGAUCUAGUGAGUAGGUGGGUCAGGUGUGUGCUGGGGCAGCAGCAGCCCUCUCUCAGGCACCCAGCCUCUCUGUUGUCCAGGCACCUCCCUAGUGAGUCGAUUCAAGCAGCCAUGCAGUUGAUUCUCCCUAGAGGUUCUGAGCUUAUCCUGAGCCUAGAACUGCCACCACCAGCACUGAGAAGCGAGAGCAAAUGCUUGUCUAGACCCAGCCACACCCAGCUACCAGUUCUUGGAUGACCCCAAUAAACAUCAGGUCUCAGAACUCUGCCCACAGCAAGUGGACAGAACUCAGGCAAGAACAAUGAGUCAUUUGUACACGUCCGUCUGGGGAGACCCAUUUUUUACCAAGCCAGCACCAAGACUCAAGCCAGUAGCAAAGGUCAGCCCUCCCUGCUGUCUCUCUCUGCAUGGCCAGAGCUGAUGAUUCCAUGUCCCAUGCCCUGUGCUAGGCUGGUGGCAAGGGCUGGGAGCUGUGUGCAAAGCUCAGGUUUUUCUGAGAGGCCAGAAGAGGGACACACUGCUUGAUCACACAGAGGA